AUUUAUUAUGAUCCAGUAAACGUGGGUAAAUGAUUCACAGUUUUUAAGAUAUGGGUUGAUGAGUUGAAGUACUCUUAACAUGAUGGAAGGUCAUCACAAAGUUCCUUUGUUUUGGACAUGUUUCACAUUUACUACAUUCGGUUUCACAUGUAGUUUUGUCUCAAUGGUUAUGCCUUACUGGUAUGCCAGAUAUCCUCAGUCUCAAAAUCGUUUUGUAAGACUGGGGCUCUGGGAGGUGUGUUUUGAAGGCUAUAUGGCGAAGAAAACUGGAAAUUAUAUGUAUUUUGGAUGUUUCUAUUUAUUUGAUACGAAAAUUUUGACUCUGUGGCCGAUCAUAUUCAGAGAUUGGUUUAUUGCCUGUCAAGCUUUUUUUACAUGCAGUUUUGCAACCCAUAUAUUGGCAGAAUGUGUUAUUUUGACUCAAGUUCUCGGCUUGGUCUCCAUUUUUGGGUCACGUGCAGUCUUGUGUAUAAUGGUGACUCUAUCAGUUAACUGUUUUUCAACUUUAGUUAGUUUGAUCACAAUGGGUGUAGGAGUAGACACUGAACAGAAAAUUGAAAAGGCUGCAAAACAUCCUUGGUUAGAAGAUCUUGAUCAGAACUCAUUGUCUUGGUCAUAUGGUAUUGCUGCAAUAUCCCUAUUACCAAGCUGCCUUACAGUUAUAAUUUUAGGAUGGUUUGUUUACCCUAAAAAAUCUCCAUGUGGGCUAUUAAUUAAUUCAGCAUGGAAUUGGCCAACAUUGAAUGAUUUGCAAUGUCGUUAUCAUAUGCAUGAUAUGCAUGUUCCAAAAAUCUCUUCAUCUUCAAAUCCUCAAUCAUCAUGUCAUAAUAUCACUACUAUGUCUACCGAUUAUCCGCAUUCAUUGCGCUCUCGUACAUUAAUCCAAUCCAGUCAGAUUACUGGUGACCAGUUGUCCAAUGAAUUGAAUAAUAAAAUACUUUGUAAACCAACAUUAUUUCACAAGUCGGGUGCUCAGAUAGAAACAUUACCAAUGAUAACGGCACAAGACCAAAAUUCUAUAUUGUCUGAUAAUUGUGGCAAAUUGAGUAGUUAUGAUCCACGUUCAGCGGAUACAGUAUCACUUUCAUCCUACGAACAACCUCCAUUGAAUCUGUUAUAUAAUCCACAAACUAUAAACAUGAACCACCAGUUCAAUUCAAUAAUGUAUUCAAAAGAGAAUAAUUUUGUAGAAAAUGACUAUUGUUCUUCUAUUGAUUGCAAAACAAAAUUAAUUCAAUCUAAUUUAUUGUCUACAUUUCAUAAAUUCUCUGCGCCUUUUUUGAAAGAAUCUACAAGUGAACGAAAACAACCACAAUGUAUUACAAAUUCUGAUUCUCAUUCACAUUUAAAAUCGAUUCAUUCAAAUAAAUCAUCGAACCUCCAACAACCUUCAUCUAGUAAUCCAGAUACUUCAAUAUGGACAGAAAAUUCCAUUAUUCAAACUGCUCGUCCAAUGAAAAGAACUAAGCAAAAAAUGAAAACAGAUCAGUUUAUGAAGAAGCUUAUCCCAUCUGAAAAUUUAUUUAAAUUUUCAUCAUCAUUUCCCAACACUGUUCAUAAAUUUUUCAGUAAAACAAAACAAACAAACGAAAAAAGGAAUGAAAAUUGAAAAUUACUAAAAAAAAAACAGAAAAUUAUUUAUUCUCCAUUGAGGGGGGUGGAUAUUAAUUUAUUUGAAGAUAUGACUAGUUUAAUUGUUUCUAUUCGCUAAUGAUGAUCAAUUUGUUUGUUUAAAAUAAAAAUUGAAAGUCAACCAAAUAGAUUUGUUCAAAAAGCUAAACCAAUGAAUCGAAAGUAAUAAUGAAAAAGGUAAACAAAGAAAGAAAACAACAACAACAACCUAUCAUCACAGUAUUGCAUUUAUUUUGAGUAUUUUUUCUUCUCUAAAACUGUGCUCGAACCACAAGAAAUUCCAUUGUUGAAUAUGUCUCUCGAUAUACCUAGUCAAGGUCUUAUUUGCUUUCUCAUUUAACCACACCAAACAGUAUAGUAGUAACAAAAGAAAAAAAACAAGCCUUUUUUGUAGAAUAUAUUCUAUUCAAAAUCACUUUUUUCUAAUACAAUCUUCCCCUGCAAAUUAUAUCCCCCCCCCUUCCCUUUUUUCUCUCUCUAACAAAUGUUUGAAGCAUCUUAUUGUAAAUUGUGCUUUGUUACUUAUGUGAUUUUUUUCUGUCUCAAGAAAAUUAAUUCCAAAGUGUUCAUUUAACUUCUUUUUUAGUUUUUUUUGUGUAAACUAUUUUUGAUUACCCCCCCCCGUGCUAUUUUUUAUUUGUUUUGGGAUUCUUUACAUUACCGCUGAUAUUAAAUAGGUUUAGCAUUAUCUAUAAAUAAAAUGAAAUAAUACAUACCGAUAACUCAGGACUUAAAUAUACAACAAAUCAAAAA